AUGGCCUUCGUCGCGGAACUGGGCUGGCAACUCCGUAACGCAGCUGGCUAUUUUUCCGCGCCAAAACCUACGGCGCUCCUGCUCGGCCCUCUGCCAAAAUCUCUCCAGGACUCCGGCUCGCUGACGCCAACACUCGUGUUGAAGGGAUUCGCACAUUGGGCAAUAAGCAAUAGCCCAGGGCUGGGACUCGGAACUUCCAGGCGACAACCCAUCUUCCUCGCCGUUCCUCGGUUCCCCGCGAUAUCGCUCGACCCCUACCAGAAGCGCAGCGGUCCGAAACUAGAGUGCACGUUUGCCGACCACGACUUGCAGGAGCUGCAUUUGUUAAAGUGA